ACACUCUUCAAGUGUACUCGAAGAAAGAGUCAAGAACCAAAUGGAGAUUUGACCAAUGUUACAAAGCGCCGUCUAGACUCUAGAGGAAGCUCAUGGAAUAAAUUAUUUUUGGUUAGUUUGCUUGAAAUAGACUUAUAUAUAAAGCGGAUACUUUGUGUACCGUUAUUAAUUCGAAAUAAAAAGAUUUAUUUUGUUUUUGUUAGUGAAACAAUGACGUAGAUGCGCGUGCGAGAGCGCGAGACAGAAAGAAAGAGAGAGAAAGAGAGAGAGAAGCAAUGCGGAUUGGCGCAUGCGCGCUGUCCGAGCUAAAGGACAAUGAAGUGUGAUAUUGUGUCAAGGUAUCAUGGAGUUUGGUAUUUUAUUUUUUGGCGAAUUUCGAUGAGUCUGAAUGAGCUAGUUGUUACAUGACUCUCUGCUAUGUGACUUUAACCUCUGAACUUCUUUAUGAAGAACAUUUGGACCUCGCGCAGCUCACGUGCAGAGUUCCUGCUCGGACGCUAUCCUCAGUGUUUGAGGCGGUUUGGUGUUUGCAUUGGGCUGCUUUAAUGUCUCUUUCCUCUAAACUGGAUUUACGUACUGUAAGAAGAGAAGGAUAACUGAUUUCCAAGUCUAACUGGGAUCUAAAACGUUGCUUUUUUGGUUCUUACUCGAGGAGCUGCCUGUCUUAUAGGGAUUUCUUGCACAAUGUCUGAGGAUAUCAGCACAAAGAGAAAGGAGAAAUGUGAAAAUUGCACUAAACAGUGCAAGAAGAAACAGAGCGAUGAAGCUGUAAGUUCACUGCAAGACGGAGAUGUUGCCAAUGGAGAGGUGAGUGGUCAGCCUGCGCUGCUGAGCGCGUGUCUCUCCUGCGAAGGCUGUGUGUCUGAGGAAGAGACCCAGAAAAUCUCCCAACAGAGCCUGCAGGAGAUCAACCAUGUUCUCGCACUCAAUAAGAAAUGUGAUACCUCGAAGCACAAAGUCCUGGUGGUGUCUGUGUGUCCUCAAUCAUUGCCAUUUUUUGCUGUGAAAUUUCAUCUGGACGUUGCGGUGGCUGCGCAAAAGCUGUGUGGCUUCCUAAAGAGUGUGGGAGUGAAAUAUGUGUUUGACACAACACUGGCUGCUAGCUUCAGCAUUCUGGAGAGUCAGAGGGAGUUUGUACAGCGCUAUCGACGCAGACAUAGUGAUGUCUAUGCUAUGCCAAUGUUCACCUCCUCAUGUCCAGGAUGGAUCCGUUAUGCAGAGCAUGUGCUGGGAAGUCUGGUGACUCCGCACAUCUGUACAGCGAGGUCACCUCAGCAGGUCAUGGGCUCUCUGAUCAAAGACUACUUCACCAGACAGCAGAAGCUGAGCCCAGAUCAGGUGUACCAUGUGGUGGUGGCUCCCUGCUUCGAUAAAAAGCUGGAAGCGGUGCGAGAAGAGUUUUACAACAGCUUGCUCCAGACAAGAGAUGUGGACUGUGUGCUUACAUCAGUGGAAAUUCUGCACAUGAUGGAGCAGAGUAAUGUCUCUGUGGAGGACGUUGAACCUGUUCCUCUGGACCAUGUGUUUGGUGAGAUCAAUGACACAAGCUUGAUGAGGCAUGAGGGUCGAGGCUCUGAAGGCUUUCUAGAACACAUUUUAAAAUAUGCUGCCAAAGAGCUCUUUGGCCUGGAUGUUAAUGAGAUUGUAUACAAGACACUCAGGAACCGAGACUUCCAGGAGGUGGUGCUAGAGCGUGAUGGAGAGACACUGCUUCAGUUUGCUGCAGUCUACGGUUUCCGGAACAUUCAGACUCUCGUGCACCGCAUGCGGAAAGGCAAAGUGCCCUACCAGCUAGUGGAGGUUCUGUCCUGUCCUGGAGGUUGUUUGAGUGGGCGCGGACAGGCAGAGGGAGAAGGAGGAAGGCCUGAUCGAGCUCUGGUCCAGCAGAUGGAGGAAGUGUACAGCUCUCUGUCCGUCCGGCUUCCUGAAGCCAACCCUGAAGUCCAACGUCUCUAUGAGGACUGGCUGGAGGGAGAGGGCUCUCCACGUGUCCAGCAGACUCUCCACACUCAUUACAACAACCACACACAGUCACCCUCAAACACCCCUGGUCCUGAUAUACAGUGGUGAAGGAGGCCAGAAAAGGGACCUGUUUUAUUUCUGUAUGUCAGAGCAGAGUUUCACAGCUGGCAAACAAAAGGAUCCAAGUAAAGAUCAGGAUGUGGCUAUGAAAGACUUCCUGUUAUAGGAGACAUGUGACCUAGGAGACUUAGCAGCCAAUCACACAUCUGCGUUUUUAAGUUAUGUAACUUUCCUGAUGAUCAAUGAAUAAGGGAUAUCAUGAUGUCAUAUGUCUUUUAAUCUUAGAGUAAGCGCAAUAACAUUAGACCAUUAUUUAAUUAAUCAUAGCUUCGGGUUACAUGGACUAUUAGUGCCUGUCUGGGAUUGUUCCUAAAAUAACAAAGUGCAAAAAGUGCUAAAAUGUUUACUGGUUAUUGGUGCCAGAGCAUAAUAAAAAUGUAUACACUGAAAUAAUUACCCUCACAAUUAUUAUUUUUAUAAAACUGUAUAUGGUUUAUAAACCAUAAAAGUCAA